AGGAAGGCCGGCGGCCGUUCGCCAGCACAUUCUCAGUCCUGCCCGUUGCAGCUGAUCCGACGCAGUCCUCAACAUGCUCAAGCUGGUUGCCGUGCUCCUCCUGGUGCUGGUGGCGGUGGUGUCGGCGCAGCAAGGUGCGUACGACCAAUUCUUCAACCUGAACACGGCGCGCGACCCUCGUACCAACACCGGACCCAUCCAGUUUCCGCCAGCGCCUCCCAGCCUGGACAGCAGCGGGGUCGUCGUGGGCGCCUCGGGGUACGGUUUUGUACCACCCGGCACGCAAAACCGUCGCCCUCUGUCCGUCGGCCGCCACUUCUUCUGAACCCUCCACCACCGCCACGCACGGUCACGAGCAGCAAUGCGAUGUGACGCGAGCGAGUCUCAGCCAUCCAGCACCACACCAGCUCCCAGCACCUCACCCCACCCGCCAUCACACUUCCGCCGCAGAGCAGAAUCUGCCAACAAAGCUGUACUUCACACACUUGGCCACAACCACCGGUCCAUCGACUGUCGCGAGGCAGAGAGCAUCAGUGGGCGAGCGAGCAAUGCGCUCUCGUCUGUCUGUCUCUCGCACCUCGACUCCGUCCACUUCUGCACUGUCGAAUCACUACACGAGCAGGCGGGCGUCUGACCACGCUGCCGAUCUGGUGACGCAGCCGGCUCUGACGUAGAUGCCAUCGUCACGAACUGCUGUUACCAACGACAUCCAUGUAUUUAUUGUCACUAUUGUCAUUUCAUUGUAACUGUUAAUGCGUGUGAUUCUCUGUGAUUGCUGGUUUUAUCAUGUUGAUAAUAAAUGCAGUUGCGGAGCUAUUAAAA